GACUUGCACCUAUUUUUGUUUUGUUUUUUUCUGAACAACAAUGUUUACAGCUUUGACAGCGGCAGCCUAAGCAUCGCUCUUUGCUACACAUCUGUGUCCCGUCCUACGCCAAGGCCUGGCACUACAACAUGCUAGACAAACAGCGGGGUCAGCUCACGGUGAAGCCUGCCAUAAUUGAUGUUAGUGGGGUGAACAUUUAGCGUAACCGGGGAAUGAGACUCUACGCAAGAAAUAACAUUAAUCGACGUAAAAACUGCGGACAUUCUUUAAAGGGGGGCAUUUAAACGCCCCGUAGAUGUUUUCAACGACAACCAAAACAAUGUUGGGACUAUGAUGAGGAUAGCUAACGUUAGCGUGUCAUGUGAACGUGUUUCUCAGCUCGUACUGAAUGUUGCACCAUCAGAUAAGAAUAUAUAUAAGACAUGCAGCUUUAGUCGGGUCAGCUACUAAUGCAGUUAACGCUGAAAACCACUACAUGAGUGUUUCUACCGAUAUUUGGGAUUAGCCAGUGGAUGAAACUAGCUAAUUCGGCUACAUGCUAAUCACUGUAACUUAGCCGUAGUAAAGAGGAGAAAAGCAAAGGGAGCUUUGAAAACUGUUUAAUUCCUAUAGAAGUCACUCGCAUCGUACAGUCUCGUUUAGCUAGUUAAGAUGACACACAUAAAGGGGCAUUGGACGAAAGCAGAGUUACCUAGCUACCGGAGUCACUAUGGCUUCAGAUGACAUUGCUCAGCUGGCUGAUGCUCUCUCUAAGACCCAUGUUGGUGAUGGAGAGUUGAGCUACAAAGGCCUUGGACUGAAGCUUGACAAUGCAGAAUCAGCGGAGCAGCUGGCCCGAGACAUCAAGCAGUACCAGGGUUUGAGAGCUCUACGCCUAGAAGGAAACACUCUGGGAGUUGAAGCUGCCCAAGCCAUUGCAAAGGCUCUGGAGAACAAAGACAUGCUUCAGAGAUGCUACUGGAGUGACAUGUUCACUGGAAGACUACGCUCUGAAAUCCCACCAGCCCUGAGGUCCAUGGGGAGUGCAAUAUUGAGUGCAGGGGCCAGGCUGACUGAGCUGGACCUGAGUGAUAAUGCUUUUGGGCCAGAUGGUGUCAAAGGAAUCGAGCAGCUGCUUAAGAGCCCCUCCUGCCACACCAUGAGGGAGCUAAAGCUCAACAAUUGUGGUAUGGGGAUUGGUGGAGGAAAGAUCUUGGCUGAAGCCCUGAUUGAGUGCCACAGACAGUCAUCGUCUCUUGGAGCUCCACUUAGACUAAGAGUGUUUAUAGCAGGGAGGAACCGCCUGGAAAAUGAAGGAGCUAGCGCCUUGGCUAAGGCCUUUCAGCUGAUGGGCAGCCUUGAAGAGAUUCACAUGCCCCAGAAUGGAAUAAACUACUCAGGUGUGAUGGCGUUAGCUUCAGCCAUUCGACAUAACCCAGAGCUUCGAGUCCUCAACCUCAAUGACAACACUUUCACCAAGAAGGGCUCGCUGCCCAUGGCACAGGCUCUGAGGCAUCUCAGGAACAUCCAAGUGAUCAAUUUUGGUGACUGUCUGGUCCGUUCUGAGGGAGCUGUCGCCCUCGCUGCAGUCCUGAGAGAAGGACUGCCAAUCCUCAAGGAGCUUAAUCUGUCAUUUGGUGAGAUCACUGAAGCAGCAGCACUAGUGGUGGCUCAGGCUGUUGCAGACAAAGCUGAUAUGGAGAAAUUGGAUCUGAACGGUAACUGUCUUGGAGAGGAGGGCUGUGAGGCUUUGAGAGAGGCUAUGGAGAACAUGAACAAAGGAGACGUGCUCGAGUCACUCAGUGAUGAUGAGGGAGAUGAGGGUGAUGAAGAUGACAGUGGAAACGAUGAUGAUGACGACAAUGAUGAUGAUGAUGUCAGUGAUGACUGCAAUGAAGAGAAUGAAGAGGGCAGUGAAAACGGCAUAACAACAAAUGGAAAUAGUCCUGUUUCGCCUAACAGUCCUGCGGAGAUCACGUCGUUCCUCAGCUGCCCCUCUGCAGAACAGCUUCUCCAGCUGGGACAGUUGAGGACACACCUUCAGCAAGAGGUCGAUGCAUCUGAGCCACAGAAAGCUGCUGAUGUCAUUCUGAAAAUCGGUUCCCUAUAUAGUGAAGAUCCGGAGACCAAGGCCGCUGUUCUGGAUACUAUCGAUGCAAUGUUGAAGAAGCUCCUCUCUGGCUCCACCCUCCAGUCAUACUGCUUCCUCUCCACACUGCUGGUCAUGAUGGGACUACUCAAGGGAGAGGGGAAGACAAAAAAGGCUUUGCUGGUCCCGGGUCAGCUGCUAUGUUUGGAACAUGCUGUCCAGCAGGAAUACUUCCCUAAGCACGAUGCCUCACUGCUUCACAUCUUCCUGUCCAGGAACGAUGGGGUUCUCAAGUCAUGCGGCAGUGCCAGAGAGAGGCUGAGCUCUGCUUUGGAGAGGAGGUGCCAGGAUUAACAUUGACUCAGCUGACACAGGGGCACACUCUGCACUCACAUUCAAUUUUUCAACUUUGAAAAACUAGCAGGGAUGGGGGGGGUUUCUAGUCAAAGGCCAAGUCCAACCACUGAUUUCUGCUCCUGACUUUCAUUUUCUAUGAAGGCUUCACAGAGACUGUCCAAGAAUGUCUCAAUUUUUAUUUUCUACUUGUGCUUGUGACUUAUAUUUUAUAGAAAAUAGAUACAGAUGCUUUAAAAAAG